AUGAGGAAUGAAUUCUAUACACUGGCUUUCUUCAGAGCCGCGACAGCAGAGUUCUUGGCCACCAUGAUCUUUGUGCUCCUUGGAGUGGGCUCCGCCUUGAAGUGGCCCUCUGCCCUCCCAGGCAUCCUGCAGAUUUCACUGGCCUUUGGCUUGGCCAUAGCCACCCUCGUCCAAUCGCUGGGCCACAUCAGCGGGGCACACAUCAACCCAGCGGUGACGGUGGCUCUCCUCACUGCACAGAAGAUUUCGGUGCUACGAGCUGUGGCCUACAUCGUAGCUCAGCUUGUAGGGGCGAUAGCUGGUGCAGGGGUGAUUCACCAGUUGACCCCACCGGAGAUCCAUGGAGGACUGGCUGUAAAUGCGCUGCAGAACAACACAUCAGCUGGGGUGGCGGUAGUAGUGGAGCUAAUUCUGACCUUCCUCCUGGUCCUCUGUGUCUUUGCCUCAACUGACAGCCGCCGAACUGAUAAAGUGGGCUCUCCAGCACUAUCUAUUGGUCUGUCAGUCACAGCUGGCCAUAUCUUAGGGAUCUAUUUCACUGGCUGCUCUAUGAAUCCUGCACGGUCUUUUGGUCCAGCUGUCAUCAUGAGAAACUUUCAGCAUCACUGGGUGUUCUGGGUGGGACCUUUGGCAGGAGGCAUCUUAGCUUCUCUGAUCUACAAUGUCAUCCUUUUUCCUGAUACCAGAAACCUUGCUGAGAGGAUUUCUGUCCUAAAAGGGACCUACAAUCGUAAUAUUGAGUAUGAGGAGAGGAAUGACCAGAGAUGCUCAACAGAACUGGUGCACAAGUUCUAACAUAGCCAGAGGUAAAGGAGUGGACAGAGAUGGGCUUGUUGCACUGCAACACCAUCCAAAAGAAAAACCGUACUCCCAUCAAACCAGUUCCUCUCUUUCAUAUUCUCCAUGGCCUCUAUAAUAAGGCUUUGAGUUGGUAUCAAAAUCAGAUAUCAAAUAUGCUGAAAUGUAUCUCAAGGGGAUGGAGGAGAAGAAAGGGAAUGGGAGAAGAAAGGGUAUAUGCUGUUCGUAAGUUGCCUAGCUAUCAAUGAUUUGAAGGUGAGGGAUACUCCAUGUGUUAAAACCAACUCAACUCUUCAGUGGGGCUUCCAGCAUGCCAGGUAGAAUAGCAUGUGGUCAGUACGAAAUCCUGCAGCAUUGAACAGGCAGGAAAUCUAUGGUCCUUCAAAUGUUACCAGGUUACAGCUUCCCCUGACCACUGUCUGGACAGAUGCGUAUUAAAGUCAAACAACAUCUGGCAAACCACAGGUACUUCAUGUAAUAUUCCCUGGGAAGCAACCUUGAGGUGCCCACUUAGUUGUACAAUUUCCUUUGUCACUUUCUUCUGAUAAUUGCUUUCCUGUCACAGAAACAGCCAUUUCAAAUACAAGACAAAAAGCUUUUUCUCUGUAGCUUCACAGCUUCCCUCAAGGGCGACUUAUCUCACAUUGCCAUUACAUUGCCAGCCAAGACUUACUUUGCUUGGACUACAGCAUCGCACCAGACAUUCCUGUCAUCACAACCCAUUUCUUAACUGCGUUUCUAUCCUUUAUUUAAUGUACACACUGUAAACCUUUUGAGGAGGGUAGUUCAAACAGAGGUCUGAUGUUCUGUGUAGUGCCCAAAGCAAGGAUAGUGGUAUGUUUAAAAAAAAUGGUGAAUAAUAAAAGAACAGAAGCAACAGCAGAAUACUAGUCACUCAGAGAAGACAGGUGGAGCAACCACGCUAAGUCCAAAUUGUAAAAUACAUUCCUAGCACUGGGUUCUCAGGUCUGAGGGGAAACUGAGCCAGUAAUGCAGAGAAAUGCCACCCAGUUAGAGAUUCUCUGCCUGAAGGGUAGCUAUGAGGUCAGGAGUGCCUUCCACAGAUGCUUUCCACUAAGAUUGGAAUGGUUUUCUCUUGAAGUUGCAUAUUCAUGGAGGGAAGGGAUCCCACUCCCUUUGCUCAAAUUCUUUGCAACAGCCUGGGGCAGAAAUGGGUAGCAGUGUAUUUGGGUGUGGAAAAAGAAAUCGGCUUCCUGUCACUGGUACACAUCCAGAGACUGUGUGGAGGAAGCAGGACCAUUAGGGCCUCCAGUAUUUCUCAGAUCAAAACCAGGAGACAUGUGGCAACAAGGCAAUAUCAGAGUGUGGACAAUAUGGCAAAAGUUUCCCAAGAGGAAAAACACACAAGCUAAGAUAAGCAGUAGUAGUUUGAUUUUGCCUAAGCCUACUGAGAAGAGCAAUCGUACUCAGCCACAAGUUUUGUGUGUGUGUGUCAGGAGCAACUUGAGAAACUGCAAGUCGCUUCUGGUGUGAGAGAAUUGGCCAUCUGCAAGGACCUGGCCCAGGGGAUGCCCGGAUGUUUGAUGUUUAACCAUGCUGUGGGAAGCUUCUCUCAUGUCCCUGCAUGGGAAGCUGGAGCUGACAGAUUGGAGCUCACCCACUCCCCGGAUUCGAACCACUGACCUUUCAGUCAGCAGUCCUGCCAGCACAAGGGUUUAACCCAUUGUGCCACCUGGGACUUCGCAGGCUCAAUUGAUUGCCUAUGAUGUACAUAUGACUGGGAAGGAGAAGUUUUCAUCCCUUCCUUUCCCUUCAAUUGAGUUAAUUAAAUGCAAAAUACUUCUGAGCCCCCGUUGGAGUAGCGGGUUAAACCGCUGAGCUGCUGAACUUGCUGACUGAAAGGUGAGUGGGGUGAGCUCUUGCUGUUAGCCCCAGCUUCUGCCAGCCUAGCAGUUUGAAACCAUGCAAAUGGGAGUAGAUCAAUAGGUACCACUCUGGCAGGAAGGUAACAGCACUCUGUGCAGUCAUGCCAGCCACAUGGCCUUGGAGGCGUUUACGGACAAUGCUGGCUCUUCGGCUUAGAAAUGAAGAUGAGCACCAACCCCCAAAGUCGAACAUGACUAAACUUACUGUCAGGGGAAAACUUUAGCUUUACUUUACUUUUGCGCUUUGAAAUCAUUUUGCAGCAAAAUAAAUAAAAUGAGGAUACAGGGGGGAAAUAUGAGAAGAAAAGAGAAACUGGGAUAUUUUAAAAGAAGGUUUAAAGGUGAGGUGUCAGAGGAUUCAUCAGGACGGUCACAGCAAAAUUGGGUUGGAUGAUAGGAGCCAAGUGAACCUCUUUUCCCUCACAGGCCUUAGAAAGUCUAGUUGGUGCCUCUCAGCAACAACAGAGAAAGACUCAAAGCAAAUAGGUGUAGAAUGGUUUACUGGUAGAUUUUGAAAUAUAGGCGUUCAUAUUAACUCCCCAUAUCAGCAGUUUACAAGAACAAAGCACAACAGUUUCCAGGAACAAAUCUUUGCCAAGAACAUCACUUUGGUAAUGCUAACAGAUCUUAAUUGUACAUUUAAGACCAAGCCACCCCAAAGUACUUUACGUUACA